GCUGACCAGGUCUGGCCUUGGCGUCGUGGAUCUGGAUAGGGGUCACAGGUGUCUCUUUUGCUGGAUUCAGUCAGAGAAGGAACCCGAAGUUGACACACACAAGAGCCCCAGCAGCCAAAGACAUGGGGAAGGAUCCCAAGAAAAAGAGUGCUACUGUCUGUGGCUUCCCAAUAAGUAUCUUUUUCAUUGUGGUCAAUGAGUUCUGCGAGCGUUUCUCCUACUAUGGCAUGCGAGCCGUGCUGGUGUUGUACUUCAAGUACUUUCUGCGCUGGGACGAUGACUUGUCCACCACUGUCUACCACACCUUUGUGGCUCUCUGCUACCUGACGCCCAUCAUGGGAGCCAUCGUGGCGGACUCGUGGCUCGGAAAGUUCAAGACUAUUGUUUACCUGUCCAUCGUCUACACGUUGGGACAGGUUGUCUUGGCAGUGAGUGCUAUCCAUGACAUCACAGAUGGAGACAGGGACGGCACCCCUGACAACUUGACCCUGCACAUAGUUCUGUCCAUGUUGGGCUUGGGCCUCAUCGCCCUGGGAACGGGGGGCAUCAAGCCCUGCGUGUCGGCCUUCGGCGGGGACCAAUUUCAAGACCAUCAGGAAAAGCAGAGAGGGACCUUCUUCUCCAUCUUCUACCUGUCCAUCAACGCUGGCAGCCUGCUGUCCACCGUCAUCACCCCCAUCCUCCGAGCUCAGGAGUGCGGCAUAUACACCAAGCAGAAGUGCUAUUCGCUGGCCUUCGGCGUCCCCGCUGGUCUCAUGGUGGUGUCUCUGAUUGUGUUCAUUAUUGGAAGCAACAUGUACGUUAAGACCCCCCCUCAAGGCAACAUCAUGGUGAAAGUCUUCAGCUGCAUUGGGUUUGCCAUCAAGAACCGUUUCAGGCACCGCAGCAAGGAAAUCCCCAAAAGAACCCACUGGAUGGACUGGGCCGAGGAGAAGUACGACAAACUCCUGAUAGCCCAGGUGAAGAUGGUGCUGAAGGUGCUGUUCCUCUACAUCCCCCUGCCCAUGUUCUGGGCUCUCUUUGACCAGCAGGGCUCCAGGUGGACCCUCCAGGCGACCAACAUGGACGGAAACUUUGGAAUUCUCACAAUCCAGCCCGAUCAGAUGCAGACCGUCAACCCCAUCUUGAUCCUGCUUCUGGUGCCGAUCGUGGAGAGUGCGAUCUACCCGCUGAUUGCCAAGUGCAAAAUAAACUUUACCCCGUUGAGGAGGAUGACUGUGGGGAUGUUCUUUGCUGCCCUCGCAUUCAUUGCUGCUGCUCUGGUCCAGAUACAGAUUGACCGAACGCUGCCCAAGUUCCCGUCGAGCAUGGAAGGCCAAGUAAAGUUCAUCAACAUGGACAACAAAACGCUGAGCCUCAAAGCCGGGACCCACGAGUUCGCCUUGGACGCUUUCACGGCCAAUCCGGAUUACCUGACCUUUGACCAACCCUUUGAUUUAAAUGUGAAGCCCGAUUUCAAUUACUCAGUCCCUUUAACGCCCGGGAGCCGGAAAACCAUGGUCAUCGUUCCGGACACGCCCAGUCCCGAGCUGAUCCCGUUCACGGACAUAAACGCAAAACCGGAACAGGGCGCUAAUGCUAUCAGAUUUUUCAACGGCUGGAGCUCACUUCUGAACGUGACGGUUGGUAACUUGGACUUUGGGGACAUCAGCGCAAACAACAUGUCGGUCUACGUCGCCGUACCAAAGGGAUCAGCUCAGUUCAUGAUCCAGAGUCCUGGUCAAGAGUGUGUCUACAUUCAGGAACUGGGCUUCGGCAGCUCUUUCACCCUGAUCAUACCUCCGACUUUUGCAUUUGGAUCUAAUUGCGAGAGCAUCCGAUCCGUGGUGGACAUCGAGCAGAACAGCUUUCACAUGGCCUGGCAGAUUCCACAGUACUUCCUCAUCACCAUAGGGGAGGUGGUGUUCUCCGUCACUGGCCUGGAGUUCUCCUACUCACAGGCGCCAAGCAAUAUGAAGUCCGUGCUGCAGGCUGGUUGGCUCUUUACCGUUGCUGUUGGCAACAUUAUUGUCCUCAUAGUUGCUGAGGCUGCGACACUGCAAGACCAGUGGGCCGAGUACAUCCUCUUCGCCUCUCUGCUCCUGUUGGUGUGCGUUAUCUUUGCCAUCAUGGCCUACUUCUACACGUACAUUGACCCGGCAAAGAUAGAGGCCGAGUUUGCCCAGAUGGACCCCGAACAGAAAGAGAAGAGGAGGAACAUGGAGAUGACCAGGAAGAACUCAGUGGAGCAACGCAAAGAGGGGAGGAGGGGUUCCGACUCCAGCAACGACGACGAGGAAAAGAAACAGACGAGAAUCUGAGGCGACCCCUUCUUGGAGGACCUACCUCUCGUCAGAAGAUAGUAGAAGACAAACCUAACGUUAAGCUCUGGUUGGACAGUGUUAGUGAAAGAAAAUGUAGACUAUUUUGGGCUUAAAUUCUCUAAAGUCUCUUCUAAGAUGACUCGUAUUAUUAAAAACUUAGAUUUUGUCUCAUUCA